AAAACUCACUCGAUCGAAAUGAUAAGAAAUUCUUCCUGCAACUGAAUGGUCAUUGGUUGGAAUUUGUAUAUACCCCUACUCGAAAAGAUUUUCUCCAAAACCAAAGGGGGUGCAAAGCACCCCCUCCUCUCCAAGUGGCUCCGCCACUGGAUGGAUCAGUGAUUUCACCCUCUGGGAAAGCUUCUGCGGGGGGACUGCUGAGAGACUGCUUGGGACGCUGCACCGAUGCCUUCACCACCAAUCUUGGUUGCUGUUCCAUUACAAGUGCUGAACUGAAGGGCGCGAUUGAGGGACUUCGGAUUGUGUGGGAAAGGGGUUACAAGGAAAUCCAAUUUAACAUGGAUUCAACUGCAGCCAUUGACAUCGCUUUGAAAUGCUUAGAUGAUGACCAUCGACAUGGUAUCCUCGCGAAACAGAUCCAGAAUCUCCUUAAUAGAGACUGGGAGGUUCGAAUUAGUCAUGUGUAUAGGGAAGCUAAUUUUGCGGCUGAUUUCCUUGCUAAUAGGGGUCACCUUGUUGAUUUUGGCACACAUCGAUUCAAUGUGUGUGACCCAGACUUGGGUAGAUGGCUUUUGUACGAUGUCAUGGGCACUGCUCAUGACCGCUCGAUGAUUUCUUUAAUGAGUUAGACGCUUGACGUCAUCCCUUUAACCAAAAAAUAACUGAACGGGGUGUCUGAAUCUCAAUAAUGUCAUGGUACAACCAGUAAGCCAAAACACUUAUCCGGAUUCACAAUAUUAUGCAAACCAAUAGGAAGAGAGUGACCCAGAUUAGCGAGGUAGUCUGCAACAACGUUCACUUCCCUGUAAAUAUGAGUAAUGAGGACUGCUAGUCCCGAGCUAACCAAUGUUGUAUCUCAACAACGCUCGUGUAAUGGAUGUGGUGAGGUGUGUGACCGUCUCAAUAAGGGACUUAGCCAUAGCAGAAUCUGUCUGUAGAACUACCUUCCUAACUCCUGCCUCCCAAGCGAGUUUCAGUCCAUGCACAAUCUUUGCCAGUUGUGGACUCGUAAUAGAACCUCCCCCAAGGUUCGCAGCAAAAGCAGUAGUGAGGCGGCCGUCGUCUCCCCGCACGACUCCGCCUACUGUUGUACUCGAAGGAGAGUGGACCACUGAUCCAUCAGUAUAUAUUCAGACAUGUCCAUCCUGGUGGUGUUGGUUGCCAGUUGAUAAGUCUUAGUUGUCGAAGUCCCCCGGUUCCAAACAUAUGUGUCUCCUUCUCAAAUGCUUGAUGGAUUUGUUGCCGCAUAGUAUAUAGCAGCACUGGCAUGGAACUGUGCAUAUGACUUUAACUCAUCUUGGAAGCAGAAUUCAUUCCGGUUCUACCAUAGCAGCCAACACGUACAUAGCCGUAAUUAAAGAGUGUGUUGUCAAUGCUGUAGCCUCGCCCUGUUGUGUAAUGCAUCAUCCAUCUCCCAAGGUGAUUGUUAAUUGUAGCAAUCAUACGCAAUCCCACAUCAUGAACAUACGCCACCUAAUUAGACUCGCGAAGUGCAUGUUGAUUGUAGCAAUCAUACCCAAUCCCACAUCAUGAACAUAUGAUAGUCCUCGAGAAUAGCUUUUUUUUGUCAAAAGAUAUCAUAUAUUAAUUCAAACAAAAGAUAGUUACAUCCUAGAAAGCAGCCAAGCCCUGAAAUCAAACGAGCGAUUCACACUCGGGUACAAAGAGAGGGCUUUUCUAGUUACCGAAUGAGCUACCAUAUUGUUCUCCCGAACUACAAACCGCAAACUAAACCCCGGAUGGGCAUCACAAUAUUGACAAAUCUCUUUCAGGACUGCCCCCAAUUGACUGUCGCUCGUGUCGGCUUGAUUAAUCUUGUCAAUAAUAACCUUCGCAUCACCCUCGAACCGAACUUCGGACAACUUUUGAGCCAUCAAAGUGAGAGACCAUCCAACUUUCACUAGAUAGUUUAUAGGUUAAAAUCAACUACUAAUAUGAACUUUUAGAUUUCCAGAAGAAAACUUAAUCUAAAUAAUUAGCUUUGUCAGUUUGAGAAAACCUUCGUGUUUACUUGUUUUUGUUUCUUAUAUUUUUCUGAAUUGUUGUGAAAGAUUUGUAGGUUGUUUGCUUGUAGGAUUUUGAUGACGGAUUUUGAAUUAUGUCUUAAAUCUAUGUUGUUGAUUAAAAUGAGGUUAGUCUAAAUCCGUUGAGCCCAUAGAUGUGAAAUUAUUUUUUUGCUCAAAAUUUGUGGACCCCACAAAUUAUAAAAUCCCACCUUAGGGCACCUCCAAUGGUGCAAUUUUAGGGCUUGUUUGGAAGUUGUGAUUCUUCAAAUUGAUGUAUUGAGACAAUUAGUGUAUUAUCAUUUGAUGUAUUGAAUCAAUUGAUGUAUUAGGCAAAUAUCUUGUUUGGAGGUUUAGAUUGUGUUUUGUUCUAAAGGUAAAAAAGUUAGUUUUGAGUGAUUGUGAAGAAUCUCAACAAAAAGUAGAGAUUGUAAAUCCCUCAAUAUUGAGUGAUUGUGGUGGGGCCUCCAAAAAGUAAAUACAUGUAUUCUAGUUCUAUAUAAGUCAAAAAAACGACUUAAUCUCACAAAUACAUGAAUUUGGUCAAUACACCAUUUGAAAUCACAACUUCCAAACGACCCCUUAGUGACUUGCAAGGUGAUGUGACAAGGAUUUGCAAUUGCAAAUUUAAAUUGCAUUGAUGUGAGAAGCUAUUUCAAAUGUGCAAAUUUGCAUCAUGUGCAAUUCUUCUUGCAAUCCAAAUGGACUCGCUGGUGGGCCCUUUUUUACUCUUUAUUAUAUAUUGUAAAGAUUCAAGUUGAUGGUGAUGAUAUGUAAAUUGUUUAGUAGUGCUAGAUUAAUGAUGGUGAUGAUAUGUUGGUCCCACUCAUUGAAAUUGCAAUUGGAUUUCAUUGUUGUAGAGAGGAUGAAGUUGAGAAGUGGUGUUUUCUCAAAAUUGUAGAAGUGGAAGUAGGGACCACCUAUGAAAUUGCAAAUGAAUUUCAUUGUUGGUGAUGCUCUUAUGAGCUAGGAUUUUAAGAGAAGCCAAAAUUUAUGGACCCCGCUAAUGAUGCCAAAGUAUUAUUUACUAAAAAAUAAAAAUACUUUAUUAAGGAUAUGAAGAAGAAUAUGAUUGUAAUUUCAUCAUUUAACCCAUAAAUCCACUGUACUAAAAUCCAACAAACAAUGCAAUUUCUAAAAUCCAACACAAAUCCAAAAUAACAAAAUCCAACAUAAUUCUUCACUCUCAAAAUCCAAAAUUUUACCAAUAUCCCACAUAAUUCUUCACAAGCAAACAAACCCUUAGUAGCACAUCAACAACUACAGCUUGUUGUAUACUUGAGCUAUUCGGUUUUUAAGUUUUAAGUUUUAACUACACCUUUGUGGUCUUUUUUGGCUUCUUUCCUUGAUGGGCUCAUUACGAAGGCUUUUUUCCUUCUUGGACUUCUUGAGCGAGGUAUGGGCCCAACAAAUCUCCCAGCUCAAAGAGAGACCUGCCUGUCCUUCCUCUAAGGCUCCAAUUGCGUCCACUCCACUUUCCACUUAAAGAGUUAUUUGGAAGUUGAGAUUCUCCAAAAUUAAAGUAUUUAAUCUAUUGUAACUUUUUUUUUGAAAAAGGUUCAUUCAUUAAGAAAGUAAUGGGCCGAGCCCAAUGGAAAAGGUCACAAGAAAUAUUACAAAACAAAGGCAAAGAAAACAAACCCCAAUCCAAAGCCCAAAAAAUGGCUAGCUACCCAAUAGGGGCUAAACCAAAGAGCCCAAAAAGAGGUAUUCCCUUCAACCCUAGCCGCAAUACUCCUGCCUAUGGAGCCCCACCGCCGCUGGCUGCCGCUGGCUGCGCCUCUGCUCAACAGCUUCCUCCACCGAUCGAAACCCUAGAGGCGACAAGCCGAGAUGAACGCCGAACAAGGUAACCGAAGCAAACCAACCCAAACGGAGAGCAGUGGAAGUAGCCUAAGCCACCUUCAAACAUUCACCGUUGGACCAAAACCCAUAGGCUCCUCGACACCGGUAGGAACAAGGAGACCUUAUGACGAACGGGCGACAAGGUGGCGGAUCCAUGAGGGACGACCUUCUGUCUUCAGGAUCUUCAUUCCGCGUCCAAGCCGAGGGCCUAACAUCUCCGAAACACCAAGAGCAACAGGGUGAAGCAAGGAGGUAGACGGGGGAAGGAGGAUGAGGAGACAAGCUGUAGACGAAACGAAUCCAGCCUCCUUACUUCUUAGAUCAGGUCAUCUCCAGAUCUGCAGAAACAAAUCAGAGGGCAAAAACUCUACCCACAAAGGGGGAGGAAAGAGACCCACCAGGGGAAGAAACGCAAACCACAAAAGGGAAAAGCAAAUGCGAAUUAAGAGCACAGAUGGAAGCAUGAAAGGAAGGGAAAAACAAACGAAAGCAAGGAAGACAGAUGGAAGCAUGAAGGGGGGGCUACCGCCGGCCUCUUGAAAGCACCGACGGCAGCCCACAAAAAUAUAGAUAUGUAAAGUUU